UUUUUUUUUUUUUUUUAAGAAAUCGAAAGUAGUGCUUCAAGGAACAUGUCUAGAAUAGAUUAUUUAUGAUCAAAUAGAUGAAUAGAUGCUAGACUACUCUAGAUCUACUAAUUUUAUAGAUAAAGACGUUUUAAUGUUCAUAAUCUCAUGGCUUUAACAUUCAUAGAGAAAGAGGGGGACUUGUUUACUUGUAGCAAUACUGCAAGCUUAGCUCACUGUGUGAGUGAGGAUUUGAUCAUGGGCAAAGGUAUUGCUGUUGAAUUUAAGAGGAGAUUUGGACAAGUAGAGGAACUUCGUAAACAAAAAUCUACAGUGGGACAAUUUGCAGUUUUACAAGAUGGAGAACGCUACAUUUAUUAUCUUGUCACCAAACCCAAAUAUGAUAAAAAGCCAAGUGAAGUAAAUGUCAAAUAUUGCCUUCGAGAAAUGCGAGACCACAUUCUGCAGCAUGGAGUUAAGGAGCUGUGUAUGCCCAGGAUUGGUUGUGGUCUUGAUGAACUGGACUGGAAGAAAGUCAAAGAAAUAAUAAAAACUGUUUUUCAAGGAUGUCCAAUUACUGUGACUAUAUAUCAUCAAGCCCCAGAAAACAACUCAUCACAGUGUUUCACAGAAGUUGACGGAGAUUUGUUUAACUGUCCUAGCACCUGGAGCAUGGCACAUGGCGUUGGAGAAGACUUGGUGAUGAGGAAAGGCAUUGCAGAGACAUUUCUUAAAAGAUUUGGCCAACUGGAUCUGCUCAAUAGUCAGAAAGCCACAGUAGGCCAGUGUGCAGUUCUAAAGGACCAAUCAAGAUAUAUCUACUAUAUGAUCAUCAAAAAGUUGUGCAAUCACAAAAUCCAAGAGUCAUCCCUGAGUCAGGCAUUACUGUUCAUGAGAGACCAUUGCAAGAUUCAUGGCGUCAAACAGUUGGCUAUGCCCAAGAUAGGAACAGGAUACAACAGUUUAGAGUGGGACAAAGUUAGGAGACUAAUCAAUGAUGUCUUUGCACAAACUGACAUUCAUGUAACUGUCUACAAUUAUGUCAAAUAAUGCAGAUCAGUGCCACAUUUUUAUGUUUUCAUAGAAUGUCAUUCUAAUACUAAUCAAGAUAAUAGGUGACGCCACAGAUGAGUAAAUCAUACUAACACAUUGCAUUACACACAUGUGCACACAUUGAUGAGAGGGAAGUUGCAGACAAGCUUUUUCCAGGAGUAUAUAUAAAUAUAUAUUUGUGUAUAUAUGUAUUUGAGUGUGUAUACAAAAUACAUGCUUAGUUGUUGUUUUUUUUAAAGUAAUAGUGUACACUUUUGGAAGACUACUAGCUGUUACACUUACGUAUAUAUUUUAAUAUUAUUAUAUUUUUUUUUUACAUUCAUGUUACAGAAUAUAAAAUAAAAAAUAGUUUUCAUCACAGUUGGUAACUCCCCUGUACUACAAUAGUAUUACUAUAUAAGACUUUUUAAUCUUGUUCUUGUUCUAAAAAUGUUGUCUGUGUAUGUAAAACAAUUUUGCAUUUUUAGUUUUGAUAACAAAAUGGUUCACCUCCACAAGUCCAAAAGUAACCAUUGCACCUAUUCUGAUCAGAUUUUCAAUAGUGCUUUUAAGUUUGAGAUCUAAAUGUAAUAGAUAGACAAACAGCACACAAAAA